UCCACAUUCUUCAUUAACUUUAGAGCGAAAAUGACAAAAGGAUUAUUUGAUUCUCUUGUGCAUGUAUACCUGGUCUCCUUUCCGGGGCAAGGCCACGUCAACCCUCUCCUGAGGCGCAAGCGCUUAGCCACAAAAGGUCUGCUGGUCACCAUUUGCACGCCGGAGAGCUGGGCAAAACAAAUGACUCUUGCCAGCGAUAUAGUCCCGGGUAAGCCGUCCCUAAACUGGGGACGGCUCGAGUCCUUCGAAGACCAGUGGGCCGAGGACGAGCCACGUCGCCAAGACUUGGACCAGUAUCUUCCCCAGCUAGAAUCCGUUGGAAAGAGAGUCCUCCCUGUCAUCAUCAAGAACCAACACCCUCCGGUGUCUUGCCUCAUCAACAACCCCUUCAUUCCAUGGGUUUCCGACGUGGCGGAGUCCCUCCGCCUCCCUUCCGCCAUGCUCUGGGUUCAAUCCUGCGCAUGCUUCUCCGCCUACUACCAUUACUACCACAAAUUGGUGCCGUUUCCGUCGGAAACCGACCUAGAGCUCGACGUUCACUUACCCUGCAUGCCGUUGCUGAAGUCCGACGAAAUUCCCAGUUUUCUGCACCCUAAUACUCCUGAACCUUUUCUGAGAAGGGCCAUCCUGGGACAGUAUAGGAACUUGGAGUUGGAGAGACCGUUUUGCGUUCUCAUAGACACAUUUAUGGAGUUGGAGCACGAGAAUGUUGACUUCAUGUCUAAGAUCCGACCUAUCAAGACGGUGGGACCGUUGUUCAGAAACCCCAAGGCAGCCAACAACGCCGCCGUGAAGGGUGGCUUGCUAAAGGCUGAUGACUGUAUCAUUCAGUGGCUCGACACAAAGCCAACGUCCUCGGUGGUUUACGUGUCUUUCGGCAGCGUGGUGUAUUUGAAGCAGAAGCAGGUGGAUGAGAUCGCUUACGGUCUUUUGGAUUCAGGAGUUUCUUUUCUUCGGGUGAUGAAGCCGCCGCACAAAGAUUCUGAGCUCAAGAUUCACUUGCUGCCGGAGGGAAUGUUGGAAAAGGCGGGAAACAAUGGUAAGAUAGUGUGGUGGAGUCCCCAGGAGCAAGUCCUGGAGCAGUCCUCUGUGGCGUGCUUCGUCACCCACUGUGGGUGGAACUCAUCCAUGGAGACCAUGGGCUCCGGGAUGCCCCUUGUGGCAUUCCCGCAGUGGGGCUUGGAUGUGUUUAAAGUUGCGGUUAGAAUGUGUAGGGGCCAAGCUGCCAACAAGUUGAUUAAAAGAGAAGAGGUUAAGUGUUGUUUAUUAGAGGCAACGGUUGGCACCAAGGCAAAGGAGAUUAAGGAGAAUGUUUUGAAGUUGAAGGCAGCUGCAGAAGCCGCUGUGGCGGAAUGUGGAUCUUCUGACCGGAAUAUCCAAGAAUUUGUGGAUGAAGUUAGAAAGAGAAGUUUGGAAAUAAUUAAGAUAAGCAACAAUAAUAAUAAUAAUAAGUCAGCCGAGUUUUUCCCGUCACCUAAUGUGGCAGCGUGUUCUACCGAGGAACCCGCAACAUCUCUUAGUGAGAAUGCGCUAGUAAAUGCUGGUUACACAAAAUCUGUAGCUGUUAAUGCCUUUGAGACAUACCAGAGUAGCCAAGGAAGAACCAAAUUUAUCAACACUGAAGGUGAAAAAGGCCGUUUGGAGCCAACAAUGUCAGAGGAAGAGGAAGGGGGUGUGAUGGUAAAAGGUAGCAGCGGUACUGGGAGCGGAGCUCCCAAGCUUUGCUCGCAUUGUGAAAAACAAGGUCAUUUUGUGGAUACAUGUUAUCAGAAGCAUGGCUUCCCACAAAUCACUCUAAUGGAGUACCACAUUCAGCUACUUCAGUGA